AUGGGAGGCACCGCUGGAUUCAUCUGCAUCUCCCUGGCCGUCAUCAUCUGUGUGGUCUGGUGCCAAGCACAGAGUGGCACAAGGAGCUACGGGCCGGUGUUUGAGGAGCAGCCCGCACACACCCUGUUCCCUGAAGGCUCAGCAGAAGAGAAAGUGACACUGAUGUGCCGAGCCAGAGCCAAUCCCCCUGCAACAUACAGGUGGAAGAUGAACGGCACAGAGCUGAAGAUGGGGCCGGAUUCCCGGUAUAGAUUGGUUGCUGGGGACCUGGUGAUAAGCAAUCCAGUGAAAGCCAAGGAUGCAGGCUCCUACCAGUGUGUGGCAACCAACGCCCGUGGCACAGUGGUCAGCAGGGAAGCAUCACUCCGCUUUGGCUUUUUGCAGGAAUUCUCUGCAGAAGAACGAGAACCCGUGAAGAUCGCUGAAGGCUGGGGAGUGAUGUUCACCUGCAGCCCCCCUCCUCAUUACCCAGGCUUGUCCUACCGAUGGCUUCUGAAUGAGUUUCCCAACUUCAUCCCAGCCGACGGAAGGCGUUUCGUCUCUCAGACCACAGGAAACCUCUACAUUGCCAAGACAGAGGCUUCUGACCUCGGCAACUACUCGUGCUUUGCCACCAGUCACAUCGACUUCAUCACCAAGAGCGUUUUCAGCAAGUUCUCCCAGCUCAGCCUGGCUGCCGAGGACGCCAGGCAGUAUGCGCCCAGCAUAAAAGCCAGGUUCCCUGCAGACACCUACGCUCUGACCGGGCAGAUGGUGACUCUGGAGUGUUUUGCCUUUGGGAACCCUGUUCCUCGAAUAAAGUGGAGGAAGCUAGAUGGCUCGCAGACCUCCAAGUGGAUCUCCAGCGAGCCCCUCCUGCACAUCCAAAAUGUUGACUUUGAGGAUGAAGGCACUUAUGAGUGCGAGGCUGAAAACAUCAAAGGGAGAGACACCUACCAGGGCCGCAUCAUCAUUCACGCUCAGCCGGACUGGCUGGAUGUGAUCACAGACACGGAAGCUGACAUUGGGUCUGACCUGCGCUGGAGCUGCGUGGCAUCUGGCAAACCCCGGCCAGCAGUGCGGUGGCUGAGGGAUGGGCAACCUCUGGCCUCCCAGAACCGCAUCGAAGUGAGCGGUGGAGAGCUGAGAUUUUCCAAGCUAGUCCUGGAGGACUCUGGCAUGUAUCAGUGUGUGGCUGAGAACAAGCAUGGCACAGUAUAUGCAAGUGCUGAAUUAACAGUGCAAGCCUUAGCACCAGAUUUUAGACUAAACCCAGUAAAACGACUGAUACCUGCAGCCCGGAGUGGGAAGGUCAUCAUCCCAUGCCAACCGAGAGCAGCACCAAAAGCCACUGUGCUCUGGACCAAAGGGACCGAACUGCUCAUCAACAGCAGCAGGGUGACUAUUACUGCCGAUGGUACCUUGAUCCUCCAGAACAUAAGCAAAUCUGAUGAGGGAAAGUAUACCUGCUUUGCUGAGAAUUUCAUGGGCAAAGCCAACAGCACGGGGAUCCUCUCUGUUCGAGAUGCCACCAAAAUCACACUGGCACCAUCCAGCGCUGAUAUCAAUGUGGGUGAAAACCUCACUCUGCAGUGCCACGCAUCCCACGAUCCAACCAUGGACCUAACCUUCACCUGGUCCCUGGAUGAUUUCCCCAUUGACUUGGACAAGUCGGAGGGUCACUACCGGCGAGCCAGCGCGAAGGAAGCUGUCGGGGACCUUGCCAUCGUCAAUGCCCAGCUGAAGCACUCAGGGCGGUACACGUGCACAGCCCAAACGGUCGUGGACAGCACUUCGGAGUCGGCCACGCUGACUGUCAGAGGGCCCCCUGGACCUCCUGGGGGUGUGGUGGUGAGAGACAUUGGUGACACCAGUGUCCAACUGAGCUGGAGCCGUGGCUUUGACAACCACAGCCCCAUCGCCAGGUACAGCAUCGAGGCCAGGACGCUGCUCUCCAACAAAUGGAAGCAGAUGCGCACCAAUCCUGUAAACAUCGAAGGCAAUGCCGAGACAGCCCAGGUGGUGAACCUCAUCCCUUGGAUGGAUUACGAGUUUCGGGUCUUAGCGAGUAACAUCCUUGGAGUUGGGGAGCCAAGUUUACCCUCCAGCAAAAUCCGUACCAAAGAAGCAGCACCCACAGUGGCACCAUCUGGGCUCGGCGGUGGCGGUGGGGCUCCCAAUGAACUCAUCAUCAACUGGACGCCAACACUGCGGGACUACCAGAACGGUGAUGGCUUUGGCUAUAUCCUGUCGUUUCGUAAGAAGGGCACUCAGGAAUGGCUCACUGCCCGCGUGCCUCACGCAGAAUCCCUGCACUACGUGUACCGCAACGAGAGCAUCGGGCCCUACACCCCCUUCGAAGUGAAGAUCAAAGCAUACAACAGGAAAGGAGAGGGACCAGAAAGCCUCACAGCCAUCGUGUACUCUGCAGAAGAAGAACCAAAAGUGGCUCCAUUCAGAGUUACAGCCAAAGCUGUUCUGUCCUCAGAAAUGGAUGUGUCCUGGGAGCCAGUGGAGCAGGGAGACAUGACUGGCGUGCUGCUGGGCUACGAGAUCCGGUACUGGAAGGAUGGCGAUAAAGAGGAGGCAGCUGACAGAGUGAGAACAGCAGGGUUGGUCACAUCGGCUCACGUCACAGGCCUAAAUCCCAACACGAAAUACCACGUCUCAGUGCGAGCCUACAACCGUGCUGGAGUUGGGCCCCCCAGCCCCUCCACCAACAUCACAACCAUAAAGCCACCACCAAGGAGGCCACCAGGCAACAUCUCCUGGACUCUGACUGGGUCUACAGUCACCAUCAAGUGGGACCCAGUGGUGGCACAGGCAGAUGAGUCUGCAGUUACAGGGUACAAGAUGCUUUACAGGCAGGAUUCCCACUCUGCUCCCACGCUGUACCUGGCGAGCAAGAGUCGGAUUGACAUCCCAGUGCCUGAGGACUUCACUCAUGCCUUCGUACAGAUCCGGGUGACAGGGCCUGGGGGGGAUGGGAUCCCAGCAGAAGUCCACAUCCUCCGAAACAGUGGGACCAGUAUGAUGGUGGAAGACUCCGUGACGAGGCCAAUGCCACACGCUGCCAUCAUCACCACCAACUCCCUGGCCAUGGUGGCCCUGAUCCGCUACCUGGAGCUCUGAUAGGGCCAACAAAACUGGGAUGUGGGACAUCCCUCCUCCCAGGGCAGCAGGAACUGCUCAAUGUCUGGUGCUGCACCUCCAUGUUUGGACCGCAGCAGUGUUACAGAGAGGGAUUUGCUAACAUUACCUGAAGGGAGGAAGAAAGCUUUUUGUUGUUGUUCCUUUGGAAGAGUAUGAGAUUUCAUACAAGACAUGGGUCUGCAAGCAAUCGACGUUUUUUUUUUAAGAAGUGAGUAAAACAAAGAAGAAUUCUACCCAAAUUCUGACAGACGACUGCCCUGUACACCGCAUUGAG